AUGCUCAGCGAAGAGCUCAAAUCAGUACUUGAAGAUCCUAACAUUUUCCAUUACCAACACCUGUGGUUAAAAGAGGAUAACGCCGAGCAAAGAGACGUAUUGGAGCUGUUUGCAUUCGGCAGUUUUAAUGAUCUGAAUUCUCAUUCUCAAUUGGCUUCACGACUCACCGAGCUAAUGUUGAUGAAAUUGAGAAAGCAGACUAUCAUAUCUUUAAGUGAAAGCUACAGAGAGGUUUCAUAUGACAUGAUACGCAAAAGCUGCCAAAUGAACGAUUCACACGAUAUUGAGGUAAUGCUAAUUCAAUUGCGUGACAUAUUACAAAUACGGCUCGAUUCCGUAAAAGAGACUGUUACCUUCACUCAGUGUCACAAUUGCAGAGAUGUGUAUACUCAUGAAAGAGAUCUACGAGUUGUUAACGAGGGAAAUAUAGUCACAAAAGACAAGCUUCUAAAAAAUUUGAAUUCUUGGAAGCGUAAAUUGCUUGACGAUAUUUUGAGUGUGUAA